AUGAUCAGGAUUAGACGCUCAUUGCCGCCUUUGGCUGGCUCGUUUGGAUUGCUGAGACCGCUCAAUGUUAGGACCGUCUCCCCGUUGCAGUUUUACUCGUCCAAGAGCAAACCUGAAGAAAAGGACGAUGUAUUCUUGAGGAUCAAGGUACAACCGAUCGACAGAGAAGGAGAAUCGCUCGACAAGAAGAGGGCUCGAUUGAUCUACCAGUCGAGGAAAAGGGGUAUCCUGGAGACAGAUCUUCUGCUUUCUCGUUUCGCCGCGAAGUACCUGAAGCACAUGUCGGAGAAAGAGCUAGACGAGUACGACGAGCUGCUGGAUGAGCUCGAUUGGGACAUAUAUUACUGGGCCACCAAGAAUUUCGAGACUAGUCCCCUGCCCAAAAAGUGGGAAAACUCGCAAUUGCUCAAGCAGCUGCAGGAAUUCAGCGAAAACAAAGAGAGGGAAAUACUCAGAAUGCCAGAUCUCAAGAACUACUGGCUCAAUGAGUGA